CUUUUGCGUUUAGUUGCCAGCCGCUGCAGUCGGUGGGUCGUUACUUCGAGAUCGUGGUGUAUCAUGUGGUGAAGUUGACUUCCGUGUGUUUCGCCGACCACAAAUGCAAGAGCCUCCGUGGGAGCCCUCUUCGGCUACAUUGUGAUACCAAAAAAACACUUAGGAAACCACCCCCGGGGAUUCGAGAAGGCCUCGCUCGCUGCAUGAAAAACGAAAGUUGAUCGCCAUGGAACUUCGGAUCGGGACGAAGACACACCGCCGCUGAGACAGCCUCGCAGUCGGCCCACUUCAGACCGAGCCUUCAUAAAACAGAGGCACCUGGGCUUCCGGAGCAGGCAUGACCCCCGCCUGCUGCGAGCCCGCGCUUUGGAGGUUCUGAGCUCGAUCUGUCCGCUUACCACCGUCCCUAGCUGUUGUUGUCUGUGCCAAAGCUGUUUCCAUCUAACGGGACUCCUCCAGCCCAACAAUGCAGGACCAAUUCUUCGACCACGGGCGAGAUGCCAACUCGUCUGAAACUUUGGACUGUGAAGAAUUCGUCUUUGAUUAUGACAUUCCAGUAGCUAUCCUCUGCGGCAUGUACAUGGUGUUUGGUGUUGUCUACACGCUGUAUGGGUAUCGCUGCUUCAAGGCUGUGAUGUUCCUGACGGGCUUCCUCUUUGGCUCCUUCGUGGUGUUCAAGAUCUGCACUGUGGAGAGCCUCCUGCCAACAGCAGGCAACGCAGGUGUCUCCCUCGGCGCGGGCCUGCUGUUUGGCCUCAUCACCAUGCUAGUGCAGCAUGCCGGCCUCUUCCUGACAGGCUUUCACACAGGGCUGUUUGCGGGCUUUGGUAGCAUAGCCUUGAUGCGGAUAUGGUAUACGCCAUCCACAGUGUGGCUGACCGUGGGCAUCCUUCUUGCCUGCAGCAUCUUCGGGGCUGUGCUCAACCUCUUCUGGCAGAAAGCCCUGACUAUUCUAGGCACGAGUGUGUAUGGAGGUGCCAUGAUGGUCGUGGGCUCGGACUACUUUGUGAGUCGGUCACGCCUGACGGACUGGUCCCUGGGUGUGAUUCUGCUUAAGCCUCCUCUGCCGCUGUGCUGGUUUUCCUGGCUCAUCCUGGCUCUGUGGCCGCUGCUCAUUGUCAUCGGAGUGAUCACACAGUGGAGGCUCACAGGCCGUGGUACCUACCAUUCUGACGCAGUUGGACCAUCCCGAAGGUCUCGUCAGCUCAACCUGCAGAGAAUAAGGCAAGAAGAAUCUCGUGCAGAGCAACGACAGCGCAAAUAUCGAUACCUGUACCAGGUGCGGACUGCUCACGGUGAUGUCAUCUCUCAGAGCUACAUUCAAAGCCUGCAGAAGAAGGUGUGCCCGCCACCAGACGACAGCCUCUCGAUGCUCCACUCCGACCUGACACACCUCACAAUGCUCAACCCUUCGGAGAGCACGGCUACCACGCUCAGCCAAGUGACCUGAACACGACCUCCGUCGCCUUCAACAAGGCCCGGAAGAAAGCAAGCCGAGGGACGCGAGUGUGGUUGGCCGUCCAGAGGUGCACCAGCUGCAGUCAGCAAGGAGCGACCUGCAGGCGUUUUGGUGUUUAUUGAUGAGCAGCUGCGCAGGCGUUCAUUUGUUGUGUUCAGCAGAGAUAGACCUGAGUAGCCUUUGAGGCAAAGGGCAACUGGGACUGAGUGCGUGAGGACAAGUAGCCCGCUGCAGUGUUUUCACUAGAAGUUGCGUCGCGGAGAUAUCUUCGAGGCAGGCACAUCAGUGCGGGGACACAAAGCGUUUCCAUACCAGCGACAUUUUUCAGUCUUUAAAACUUCUCUCACAAUUUCACUGUUGGAAUGCAAUGCAGAAAGAGAGUGGUGCUGAAUGUUGAACAGAUGCGGCGGAUUAAAGCUGCACUUUUUUAAGGGGGGGGUUGUUUGUUACAGUGAAGAAAUAUUCAUUAACGGUUUUGCGAAGGUGUUUUAAGCUAAUGUAGACAUGGCAAAGGAGUCAAGAGGCGCAGUCUCGGAUGCGUUCGCAAGCCAUGCUGAAAGUUGCUAGGGCACAAAGUAUUUCUCAUCUAUCGCAUGACGUUUUUUCAGUGUAAAGAGAGGGUGAGGCAUUUCUCAUGCUCAAGAGCUUAGUGCAGCCCCGGUGCAGUUGAGUUGAUGUUUGGGAAUGCGGUGUAAUUAAGGACUGUUUGGUGUACAUAGUUACGGACAGAGACUAAUGUGAAUGUGUUUCACUUGUGAUACGUGGGAGAAAAGGACAGUUAUACACUUCUCUUUCCUUAGCAGCCGUAGCGUGUGGCACAACUUUGUAGUGUUCAGUGACUGCCAAAACUACAGACACUAAAACCAGUAUUGUGUACUCUCCAUAACAAAACACUGAAUGCCACGUUCACGCAUUCAAGGCAUGGGUGUGUAAUAGGUAGUCAUUACAUUUUUCUCUUCACCUGGAGUGUACUCAGCCCCGGUACGGGAUUCAUUGUGCACAUCUGACAACGUCCAAGUUUUCCUUUUUUUUUCUUUUCAUUGUUGUUGCUGUGUUCCAUUGUACAUAUCAUACGCUGUAGGACAUUAAAAUGAUUGUUUAUGACCA